AAAGAUUCACUACUUGCACACUUAUCGAAGACAUUUUCUUUGCUUUUACACGAAGUAGCUACGUACAAAGAAAAACUUUCUUCUGAUGGCAUCUUCCAGCACCGGAACGGGUUCACCUUGUGGCGCAUGCAAGUUUCUAAGGAGAAAAUGUGUGCCGGAUUGCCUCUUCGCACCGUACUUUUCCACGGAAGAAGGCCCGGUGAGAUUCGCCGCCAUGCACAAGGUGUUCGGGGCAAGUAACGUUUCCAAGAUCUUACUCCACGUCCCUGUCCAAGAACGGUACGAGGUCGUCUUCACCAUGGCCUACGAAGCUGAAGCUCGUCUCCAUGACCCUGUCUAUGGUUGUGUAUCUCAAGUUUUCGCACUUCAACAAGAGGUGGCGUUCUUGCAAGCUCAACUGAUGCAACUAACGGCGAACUUCGUUCACCAAAACAGAUCAGACAUGACGUGGCAACAAACAAGUGGUUACACACCUAUUAAACCGGCCUCUUCACGGAGCUGUAUCGAUUCAUUGGAACACAUCAAGACGGGUAGUAGAGUCACGACCAACGUGCAAGAGAUCCAAACCGACCCGUUUGGGUUUCACCAGGACUGUUAUCCAAACAAUAAGAGAUUUGUGAGUAACUGUAAUAGCGAUCUCGGUGAGCUUCAAGCUUUGGCUGUGCGUGAUGAUAGGAAACUACGGAUGUACUACUAAUUAAUUCGAAAGUGACAAAAUCUAUGUCAUGAGCUUCUUCUUCUUCUUCUUCUUAUUUCUUUCAACUGUCGACCGGUUUUCUCUAUGAAAAAUAUCUCAGUCGAUGCUUACUAUUUUAUCAAGGAAGAAACAUUUUUUUCCCAAAUAUAAA